AUGGAAGCUGCCGGGAAGCUCGAGUUCUUCAAGCUGCUGCACCGCGUCAUCGUAUUCGCCAUCGCGCUUUGGUACGUGAGUAUCUCGGCCAAGGCGUCCGUGGCCUCCGUCACGGUACUACGCGGCUUCGAGUCCAAGGAUCUGGGGACCACCGUCCACGAGUGCGCGCUCAUUGCAGACUACGCGGGGACGGCCACCAUCAGCGAGAGUCCGCUGGUGCAGACGGUCUUGAAAGGGUCCACCGACCUUCGGAACGACACCAUUUAUCUCGUGACCGACUCGACACACUCGUUCACGGAGUGCACGGCGGUAGAAUUCUACGACAGCUCCGUGUACGGCAACGACUUCACGCGGUUCCUCUUCAAUUCGCUGCAGAAGCACGCGGUGAAUGACCUCGCGUACCUCGAGGAGCUCGAGUUGAUCGCUCCAGUGGUUGACUGCACCUUCGACCUGUUGGUCUCAAGCGACGAGGCCGUGACUCAACUGCGCAUGUACUUCCUGGCGCGUCAGAAGGCCAAUACGAGCGAGACGAUGCUGCUCUCGGCUUUAAUCUCCACGCAGGAUUUCCAAGUGGACCAACAGUACCAAAGCGGCGCCGCGCUGUUGGCCACCAUCGCGCCUAUCACCGACAUGCGAGCGACCGAAGUGACCCACACGUUCGCCAUGGCCUUCAACUACCCGUACGAGUCCGAGCCGCACUUCACCAGCGCUGAGUUACUCGGCGUCUCGUCCGAUAAUUUCUGGAUCUUCAAGAGUUUGCCGCAAGUCGACAGCGUUCACCCGGCCAAGGAGGUUCGUACAGCGUUUCGGACGGGCGGCUACGUGGACGACCCCAUCGCGCAGUCCAACAUUGAGAUAGUCAUCUGGAACUUACCCAGUGAUCCAGCCACCGAGCUGAGGAACUGGGAGUGGCAUUCCUUCGCUUCGUUGCACGAUUCCUGGGCCUGGACGCACACUAUUCACGCAAUCUUCGUAUUUGUUGUGCAGUUCGACCUAGUGGUGCUCACGUUCGUUAUCUACCGACGUGUCCGAAGCGGCCACUUCUGGGUUGGCGACGCGUUCGCCACCAUCUCCAACUCGCUGCUGUAUCGCGGCGUGGUGAUCUUCGUGUCCAACCAUUUCAACGGCUACUGGACGCUCACCGAGAUGUGUCUAGCGAUCGGUAACGAACUCGGCAAUCGCCAAUACGUUCACUACCGACCGGAGAUGGCGCACGCCGAUCUCCUAACGUUCUUCAUGAACGUGACCAGCGUCCUCAGCUACCUCUUCCGCGAGCGGAUCGACCCGGUGCUGGCGUUUGCAGCCUUCGAGUUUGGAUUCACCUAUCGCGUCGAGCUGGUCGAUGGUCUACCUGCACUCCGAAAUAUUGUGGUGGACUUCGCCGAGAAAGACUACUGGCUGGGCCUUAUCAACGUGAGUCCGUUCCUGGCGAGGCUGUCCCCGAUGAAGUUCUGGACGAUUCAUCCGAUCACCGUCGACCGCAAACCCGUCGUGAUCGCCACCGUGGUCUGUAUCUUCAGCACGAUGAUAUACCUAGUCGCGUACAUGAUCGCAAGGAAAGUAUUCCGCUGCUAUCAACGCAAAAGCGCAGCCAAACACCGUCGCUCCAGCUGCUACAACGCGGCCGCUAAAGUCGAAGAGGAUGAAGAGCAAUUGACCUCCUUCGAGACAGCCACGGGCUCCGCGUUGAGCAAGCGCUACGGAGUCAUCUCGGGCUACGACAACUACGUGUAUCGAGACAACAAGCGCUACGCCUCCAUCGACGCGGUCUACGGCAACGGGUACCUCAUCGCGAACCGCAAGUUCCUCAUCGCGACGGAAGAUAUAAUGUCGCUCCUGGUCAUGAAGAUCACGAAGGCUCGCUUCACAAACCUCUACGUGUACACGAUUCUGGCCGACGGAGGCGUGAACCAAACUGCGCAGCUCGUGUACCCCCAGACCCUCGCAUGGUCGGAUUUACUGCAACUAGACGUCAUGAAACUUGGCUAA